AUGAAUGCUUCCAACAUUUCAAGCUUUGUCCAAACCAAUCUAUUCGAACGGAAUACGGUGACGGAAAGUAACGAUUCGAACUCAGCUUCCUCAGUACAGCAAACAGCCAGCGAAUUGAACCUUUCACGAGCAAGAUUAGGCAGCAAGCCAACCGCUGGGAUCAACAAACCCAUUCUCCCCUCAAAGUCUGGAUACUCUCUUGCUUCAUCGGCACAACGAUUCUCCCUAGCGAAAACAAGAAGUACACCAGGUAAUGUAAGUAGAUUCACUGCAACAAGUCGUGCUACGGCUGUACAGGAAAGGAUACUUUGUACAAUUUUUGAGUCAACAAAAGAUGUAAAUUCAACUAUUGGGCUUUGUAUCCUUAACUUCAGUACGGGUGAGCUGAUCCUGUCAGAGUUCAUCGACUCUCAAAUUUUUAUUCGAACAGUUCACAAAAUACAGAUAUAUGAACCGACAGAAAUCCUAUUACCCAACACCUCCUUUUCACCGACCUAUUCUAAAUUGGCCACCAUUUUGAAAUUAAACACACCGGACUCAGUGAAAAUCUCUGAAGUCACUUCGAAAUAUUUUAACAAACAGAAUGGCCAAGAUGCAAUCUCCAAAUAUUCAAUAGAUGAAGAAACUAAGAAAGUAAAUUUACUUCAUGUGCUGGACAAAAACUUUGCCUUGUGUGCACUCUCUGCAACUGUCUACUUUGUUAAAGAGCAGAUACCAAAAAGUACAGCAAAGGCAAUGGAAUUUAAAUCUUUUAGAAUCAGAUUUGAAAAUCCGGAAAACACAAUGCUAAUUGAUUCAAGGACGAUUUUAGGACUUGAACUGAUUGAAAGCAAAAUCUACAAAAGGAACCACCUAGCUUUUUACAAGUUUUUGGAUGAGACGGUGACAAACGAUGGGUCGUCGCUUGCUCAGAAACACAUUUUACAACCUUUAACAAGUAAAAAGGGAUUAGAACAUCGAUUGGAAUCAGUUCAAUUCUUAAUGGAAAACAGUGAUUUCUUGAAGGAACUGCGCAAUGAGAUGGAGACUUUCGAAGACCUAGACAAAAUUUUCUGUCACUUGCUGUCGGUUAAUCAUGUAGCCAUCGAACCCGAAUUUAAAAUAAAUUAUGUGCUUUUAUUGAAAAGCACCCUACAUACAACCAAAAGAAUAGCUACGACAUUACAGAAGGCUAAUCCGUCGGGGAUGUUUUUGAAGGAAGUUGGAUGUAUACUGCUCAACAAUAAGCUGUCCGAAAUUGAAAGUGCAAUUGACGAAAAGAUUAAUAAGGACUGUUCAUGGGCAACAUCCAAUAUUGAUCAACAAAACCAACGAUGCUAUGCUGUGAAGAAGGGGACUAACGGACUUUUGGAUAUCUCUCGUCAAGUUUACAGGAACAUUGUAGACGAGAUUGUCCAAAAUGUAAAGCAACUAAAUGAUACCCACGAGCUUUCUUUAGAUUACAAAUACGAACGUAGGAGGGGUUUCUACUUGAGACUGAAAAGGAAGGACCACUCCGAAUUACCAUUUCUUCCCUCCAACUUUGUGAACGUUAUUUUAAAGAAAGAAUUUAUUGAGUGUACAACCUUGGACCUUUUAAAAGCAAAUGCAAGGUUAGAGGAAAUAUUAAGAGAGAUUCUGAUUGCAAGUGAGCAAGUUAUUGACGAGUUGCUCAACGAGAUAAUGGGAAAUCUUUCUGCUUUAUUCAUGAUGUCAGAAGCCGUUUCUCUUUUAGACUUACUAUGCUGUUUUGCAAAAAAGGCCAUGAACCUUGAAUACUGCUUACCAAAGUUUUCUGACAUCAUCUAUAUCAAAAAGGGACGACACCCCAUACUGGAAAAUCUCAUAAAAUCGUUUGUUCCAAACGACAUAAUAAGUCUGCAAGGAAGUUCUUCCAUGCAACUGAUAACCGGUUGUAAUAGAAGUGGAAAGUCGGUGUACUUAAGGCAGGUUUCCUUGCUUUGUAUAAUGGCACAAAUUGGGUGUCCUGUCCCAGCAGAGUCGGCAACUUUUCCGAUAUUCAAUAAGCUUCAUGCGAGGGUGUGUAGCGACACAAUGGAGAUUGGGUCGUCUAAUUUUUCCUCAGAGAUGAAAGAAAUGGCUUAUUUCCUUGGGGCGUUGGAUUCACAGACCUUACUGAUCUUGGACGAGGUUGGGAGAGGGUCGAGCAUUGGGGACGGCUUGGCAAUCUCUCUUGCAAUUACUGAAUAUCUUCUUUCAGCAAAUUGCUCUGUUUUCGUCUCUACCCACUUUAGGGAAAUCCCAGCCCUUUUGAGAAAUAAACCUAGUGUUUCUCAUUUCCACAUGAAGACAGAAGUUACAAGAACUGCCUCUUUGAAAAUGCAUUAUAAACUUACUACUGAUUUUGAGGCAACAUCAGGUAAUGGAAUCAGGCUGGUUGGCCCACUAUUUGGCAAAAAGAUAUCUGAAACUGCUAUGACGAUAGCUAAGUUACUUGAGAAAUCUGGAAGAUAUCAACGGAUGGCUCAUCUGCAGAAGCAUAAAGAUCCGGAUACAGUUGCAGUAAAUGAGCUAGAAAAAGAUAAAUAA